GUGAGGGAGCUGAGAGCGGGCGGGACGGACGGAGGGACAGACGGACGGAGGCACCCGCAGAGAGGCACCGGCCCGCCGCUGCCAUGGAGCUGAGCCCGGGGCCCGCGCCGCCCUCGGGAUGGGCGCUGCCGCUGCUCCUGGCCCUGGGCGCCGCGGGGCUCGGCCACGGCACCCCGCACCUGCCCUACUCCCGGCCGGGCUCCCGCAGCAAGAACUGGUGCGCCUACAUCGUGAACAAGAACGUGAGCUGCUCGGUGCCGGACGGGACGGAGAGCUACGUCCAGGCCCAGUACAAGUGCGCCUGGAACCGGUUCCCCUGCGAGCCCACCCUGGUAUACCGAACGAGUUUCAGACCUCGGUACACAGUUGCAUAUAAGACAGUGACAGAGCUAGAAUGGAGAUGUUGUCCUGGCUACAGAGGGGAGGACUGCAGGGAGGGACCAGCAGAAAAGCCAAACACUGCUCGUCGUCCCGCAACGCCUGCGAGAGCUGUCGUGAAGAAAGGCACAGAUGCAGAACCAACAGUAGCACCAGAGCCUCCGCCAUAUGAGAAGAGAAUGCAGUUUCUUGAGGAUGAAUUAUUUAGACUUACACGGUCUGUGAUUGAGCUUCAGUCCUCUGUGGCAGGUGUGAAUGAAAACCUGAAGCUGACUGUACAAGAGGAUGCUAGCAAGAUGCUGGUCACUUGGCUGAACAACCUUUAUGACCGCCCAGAGCCUGACAGUGCAGUUGGUGGUGAAACAGACACUAUUCAGCUGCCAGGACUCCUCAACAAUAAAGAUCAAAAAGACCCUUUUAUUGAUUUUGAAAUGGAAGAUAUAAAAGCUGAGCUAGCUAAGGUCAAAGAAGCCUUGAAGAUGAGGAAUGAUGAGCUGAAGGAACUGAAUGGAAAAGUAAAAGGCUAUGAAGGACAACUAAAGCAACUGCAGGAGGCAGCACAAGGACCUACAAUAACAAUGCCCCGUGACAAUAUCUAUCAGGACUAUAUAGACUCAAAAUUUGAGUCCCUCAGGCAGGAAAUAAUUGAAGGAUUUGAAAAGAAAAUGACAGAUCUGAAGAACUCCUGUGAAUACAGACUAGAGGAUAUUCAGCAGCAGUAUGAUGACAGUGAAAGUACCUGUGCAGGGAUCAUCGAUGUUAUAAGAGGAAAGGAGAAUGACUUGAGGAAAGAAAUAAAUGAUCUCCGCACUCAGAUGCCAUCAAACAACUCCAGUUGUUGCAAGAAGGGUGAGGGAAAUGGCUUUGACCAACAGGUGGAAGAUUUAGAUAAGAAGAUUGACAGAAUUAUGGAAGCACAGAGGAUCUUGAACGUCAGAAUAGACAAUGAAAUAAUUCGCUUGUCCACUCCAGACCUAGAGGACGUGUUUGGGGAGAGGCUGGAGGAGCUGGAUGCCAGGAUGAAUAUUACGGAGCGGAAUGCUGAGGAGCAUUGUUUCUACGUGGAGGAGACUCUCCGUGGUGCUAUCGCUGCCGAGGUGGACGAGCUGAGAGACUUGUUCGACCACAAGCUGCGGGCGCUGGAGGUUAGGCUGGGCGGGACCAUCUUGGAGAUCGCCAACGCCACGGACCCGGAUGGAAUGUUUGUUAAUCCUGAGCCUGUCCUGCCCAGCGAUGCAGGGUUUGCAAAUGAGCAGUUUGCAGCAGAAAUGAAUUUCAUGAAGGACAAACUGCUGUCGCUUGAGCAGCUCUGUGGGCAGAAAUGUCAGUCUGCGCCGCGAGGUGCGGAGGACCUUCAGAAAAAGCUGGAAAAUUGUAACAACAAGUACAACCACUUGCUUUUGAAAACAGAGAAUAAUUCUGUUCUCCUGCAGUCUCUAAAUAGCUCUCUUAAUGAGAAACUCAACUCAAUCAAGGGUAACCAACGUGACAUCCAAAAAAUGCAGAGAGACGUUCGUGUGUUCCGAUACAAUCUAAAUGCCAUUGAUAAAGAUAUGAAAAAUCUUCAAGACGGCCUGAGUAGCUGCAGGGAGCAGCUUCUGGGUGUCAACUCAACAUGCAGAAAAACACAAAGAGGUGUCUUCCGAAAAAUUGACCAAAUGCAGAGGACAUUUGCAAAUCAAACUGCUCAUUCCAGUGAUCAUUGCUGCGGUGAAGUGAGAGAGAGACUAGAACAAUUGAAUGACCAUAUGCUGAAUGAUCUUAGCAAGUGCAAAGAAAAGACCCAGGGUGUCCAGGAGGGUGUUUCAGAUGUUGAGAGCAGAGUCUCACAUGUUGAAAAGGUCUGUGGCAAGCUGGAUUCCGUUUCAGAUAGCUUGCAGAAUAUAAAAGAAGGUCUGAAUAAGCAUGUGAGCAGCUUAUGGAACUGUAUCCGUGAAAUGAAUGGAACUAUAGUAUCUCAUUCCACUGAUAUUGCUGGCCUCAAAAACUCUGUCCAACAGUUUCACAGUCAGGUUUCCAAAAUCACCACAGACAUUGAAGGCGUGCUGAAAUCUCAGCCUGACACAAGGCGGCCAGAAGUGCCGCAGCACCCGUUGCCACCGCGGCCGCCCCUGCAGCCCCAGCCUGGCAUCUCCCUGCUGCCAUCCCGGCCCAGGAUGCAGCCCCCACGGCACAGGAUCCCCCUGCUGCCCCCACAGCCCAGACCUGCUCCACGCCCGGCCCUGCCAGGCUCAGCAGCGGCGCCGCUCCUGCCCGGAACAGCCGGCAUCAUCCUGGAGACGGGGGAGGCAGGGCCCCCCGGCGCGGUGCUCAUGUCUGGGAGAGGGCGGCUCAGGAGUGCAGAUGGCCAGGCUGGCCAGAGUACCAUGCCCAUUGCUGAGGGCUAUGCUGGAGCACCAGGAUAUCCAAAGCCAUCUCCUUCUCCCACGGAUUCACAAGGACCUGCCUCUGCUGCUGUGCCCUCUCUGGUGUCAUUUUCUGCUGGGCUCACACAGAAGCCUUUCUCCAGUGACGUCGGUGUGGUUCACUUCAACAAAGUGCUUGUGAAUGAUGGGGACUAUUAUAACCCCAAAACAGGCAUUUUCACCUCGCCGUUCGAAGGGCGCUACCUGAUCACGGCCGUGCUGGCCCCGGAGCGGGACGAGUUCGUGGAAGCCGUGCUGUCCGUCUCCAACGCCAGCGUGGCCCAGCUCCACACUGCUGGCUACAGAAGGGAACUGCUGGAGUAUCACAAACCCUACUCUGGGAAACAGACCUGUGGGGGGCCUGGGACCUUCCACCUUGUUCUUCACCUCAAAGCAGGAGACGAAGUAAACGUCGUCGUAACGGGAGGCAAACUGGCCUACACAGACUCUGACGAAAUGUACUCCACGUUUAGUGGAGUUCUCCUUUAUCCUUCCAUUUCUCAUGUUUAGGUUUGCCUUGAACAGGGGAGAAGGGUAAGAUAUUCAGAAGAAAUUAAGUGUAAUAAAAUUCAAAGCUUUAAUAUAUUCAGUUUAUAUAUUUGGUUUCAGUGAUGGGUUUACAGUGUAUACAGAAACAUUUUCCUUGCCCCUUGUUUCCAGAGGUAGCUACAAAAGACUAAAUGAACUCUUGUAGUUAAAUGAACUCCUUCCCAAGCCCUUGGUUACCUGUAAAAGCAGAACAACUGUUUAAACCAUAAGUAUGUUCUCAAUAGAUACUUCUCCACUGUGCCCCUACUAUUAUUCCCUAUUCAAUUGCCUUUGCAAUCUGUUCCCUAGUUUUUCAAAUUGUCCCUAGUGUAUCAAAGUUUACAUCUUUGCUCAAGUUUACAGUUGUGGUCAACUAUUUUCAUGUUUUCAGUAAAGGAGAGCCAAAAAAGUGAAAUUGUAGUGGAUAUGGUUGAUGACUUUUUACUCCUUGUAUUAUUUAGUGAUGUGUGUUGGCAUAAUCAGUUUAUUCAGUGCAACUGCAAAAUGUGGUGGUGCCAAGCAAAAUGAUACUCACCUGCAUCAGUUUUCUUUUUUGCCUUUAAGGGCCAAGCACAGUGCUAGGAGACAAGGUGAGUGACUCAGGUGGGAGCAGCAGUGCAGGGAAACUUGCCUCAGCUUUCCACUGGGCAGAUGUAAAUGCAAGGUGCAGUUGCUACUACUGAAAGAUUUAGAACAGCUAUUGCUUAUUUAUGGAGUAAAAAAGAUGAUUGGUUAUUCAUGAUGCUCUUGAGAUUAAAGCUUGCUGCUGGAAAUUAAUAAAGCAGUCACAAAAAUCACAAUCAACUUUGAAAAAUGGUGAUUUGGAAGAAGUUAAAAAAAUUUUACAGGGUUUGUUUCUGGUAUUAGCACUAGAAGGGAAGUUUUUUCUUUGGUGCUUUGUAGAAGACAAAUCAGAAAAAAAAUGGUUGAUAAAGGAGAACAGUGUUAUUAGUCAAUAUUGUCAAAUGCACAAAUCAGCCCUCUGGCAGAGCUGUUACAGCUUCCUGCAUCAGUGCUUUUGAGUGAGGUUGUUUUAACACUCAGCAUCUAUUUAUAUGGAUAAAGCAGCUUACUUAGCUUAAACAGAUAAACACAUUUGAGACAGCAGUAUUUUAUUUUGCACACUAGCCACUUCUCAGUGGAGGUAAUAAAAAUGAUGCUUUGGCUCCUAGGAGUUAGCAUUUUGAUCACUUUUGGGGCUGAAAAGAAAUCCAGCCGUGUUUAACUGAGAGCAGGACUGUAUAUUCAUUUUUCACAUGUACAUACAUUUGGUGCUUGUACAUUCUUUAUAUCAACUGAUCUUUUUUAGUCUGUUCAUGCCACAUAGAGUUGUAUUUAUCAUAGUGGUUUGUGCAGUGUAUUUUCCUUAUUACAAACGCAGAACAGCUGUUUGUAGCCUCAGAACAAACAAUUUUUUAGGUGAGGGAAGAACUCCCUGUGCUGUAAAGCAGUGCAUUGUAUUUAGCUGAAGCCUUCCCAUAUGAGAUCAGAUGAAGACUUGUGCUUUUGUUACUUUUAGUUUUGGAACAGAUACUCCCUAAUAGCUGUGUUUCCAGGCAAUGAGAUGGGGCCUUCCCACAACAAACUAUCACAUCCUGGAAGCUGAGCUGCUUGGAGAAAAGCAGGCAAAAAAACCUUUCUGUCCACAGAGGACCUCUGAGUCAGUCCUAGUGCAGCUAGGGUUGCACUGGGGGUGUUGUGAGCACAGGAAGGAAGCUGUGAGGGGAGUUUUAAAGCACCUGAUUAGGGAAGAUCUCUUGGCACCUGAUUUCCAGAAAUGAUGGUGUUGGAGAUAAGCAGAAGCUAGGGCUGGCUGUGUUCAUAGGAGGAAGGCUGUUUCUGACAGAGCAGCUGUUAGUCAGUAGCCAAAGAUGCACAGUGAACUUGCACUUCACAGCCUGAUCCAAGGAGCUGCCUCCUCUCUUUUCCCUGUAUGCAUUUCUGGAAGUGUGCAGCAACUGCACACUUCUUCAAGGUGGGCUGAGCUUUCUUUUGUCUUUUCUGUCCCAUGCCCUUCUAGGUCUAGAAUGGUAGGGACAGACAGGAAGAGUUGUUUUCUGUGUUUUCAAAAGCUGAGCAUAUCAUUUGGGUUUUUUGUUUGUUUUAAAAACAUAGUUUCUUGUUAUGUACAAAAGCCAGAGAAGCACUUUUCCUUUCAGGAUAUUUUUCACUCUCCUCAAGAAAGCUGUGUUCUCUAAGAAUUUGGCUCCAGACUAUGUGUGACUCAAGAUUAUUGUUGCCUGUUUUAAAAAUGACUCAUGGAAACAAACAAAUGAGCUGAGUGCUUAGGGAGACCUAGCUGGCAAACAUAACCUUUUUGUUCCACCUCCCUCCAAGUGAGAAAUUUUUAAGAACCAGCAGUGCAAGUUUAGUGCUAAGAGUUGCAAAUCAAUUAUUUAAUUAUUACCUAACUGCUCCAGGAGACUUCUAGGGGAUGUUCACAAGCCCAGUUCUGCUAAUGGGACAGUGCCGCCUUCCACCAGAAAGUUUCCCUUUAGACCCAGGAUCUGCUGCUGCCUGUGCUGGGAUGGUUUAAGCCCUCAUGAUGCAGCAUAGCUGGUAUUUGUACACUGCUGUAGAGCAUUCCCUAAACUGUGUCAAAGCAGGGUGCAAUCACAGCACCUUAUUUUGAGGACACAUUUAGAUUUUUCAGGACAGCUUCCCAUUCAUCUCUAGCUGUGGCCUCUUACAAGGAACCUCUGUCUAAGAUUCCUGCCUUUGUUGAAGGAGACUUGACCCUUAAUUUGCACUUCCUUGGUAAUUGCUGUAAUCAGGGUGAGUGGCACAGUUCCUCCUAAUGAGGUUAUUUUCCUGGAGCUUACAAGGUGGAAUAUUCACCCACCUGAGAAGCCCAUCAAUAGGGAAAGGGAGAAUGGAACCUGAGUUUGUCUCUGCUCCAGUCAGUGCUUGGAUUAAAUAUUAAUAAUGCAACAGCUGGAAGAGACUCAGGCACAAAUGCAUUCAUAGACCUGACAAGGGUUGGCUCCACACAGAGCAGCCCAGCUUCAAAGGAAGGAGCAAGAGCCUUCUCCAGAAUACCUUGAGCCUGCUGACAGAGCAUUUGCAUCUUUGGUGAGAAUUAUCAGCAGCACAUGGAAAGGCCUGCACUGAGAGGAGCAUUUCUCACUGUGGGUUUAUGAUUUGACUGCCACAUCCAGGAGAAUCCACAAGCUCAAGCAGGAAGCAUCUGUUAGCUGAGAAAGCCUUAAAAAGUCCAGUAGGUAGGAGCUCUAAGACAGGACAAGUGCCUGUUUCAUAGCUCACAGUGCUAUGUUUUAGACAUGCUUUGUAGGUACAGAAUUGCAAGACUCUUAGACAAUGCAGUAUCUGUUGGGCCAAGUGCUCUAAUUUGACAUCAAAACAGGAAGAAACCCAAACCCUGCCAGGUGAAGCUGUACAGGCAGAUGUGUGUCUGACAGUCCCUCAGCCAGGCUCGAGGCCCUGUGGUUCCUCAGGGACUGCAAAUAUCCAAACCAGAUGAGUCCCCAGGGCAGCAUCACUUGUGAGACAGGUGAGUUCCCAGAGGCAGGGCUUUAGCAGAACAUCUGAAGCCAAGCCAGCAUGCUGACAACCAGAGAGAUUUGGCUCUGGGCAAAUGCAGCAAGCAUAUCCUAAAACCCCAAUGUGACAUAAAUCAGUCAUCCCCAGGAAAGACUGUAGCAAAGCAGGAAUGGCAAUUUUCAAUGCGAGUGUAAAAAAAUUAUUCCUCAUUAUUUUAUUUUGCUAUUAAGAGCUCUGGAGACAGCAAAGACAUUUUUCUACUGUCCAUUUAGAGAACACUCAAAGCAAUUAGGACUUUCUCUGGUAUUCUAUCACAUUUCCUUUCAGUGUGCACCAGGUUAGUUGCAGCAACGUUGUGCAGUGUCACUGAGACUCUAGUUGGUUUGAUGGAGCCAACUGGCCCGAAAAAAAAAUUACAAAUAAUGAAGCAAGCUUAUGUAGAAAGCAUAAGAAAGCAACUUGAUACAACAUGCCCAUCACCACCCCAUGCAGCUUUAAAAUGUGCUGGGAAUGCAAGGUGAAGGGCUCCUCAGGUGCAAUCAGGAGAUUCAAAUCAGUAUUGAACUCUUACCUGAGAAUAUAGCAUGCAUUUGGAAGUGAUUGUUUGCUGAUUAGCUAAGCCCUUGAAUUACAGCCCAGUAGUGCUUAUGGGUUUCUUUCUCACUAAAACUAGAAAUGCAUUUAUGGGCUCAGCUUGGAGAUGGGAGGAAUAUGCACUCCACUGAGACUUGCUCAGCAGGUACAGAUUGGCUGCUCGCUGCUUCUGGAUAAUGGCACAGUGUUCAAAUCAUCCAGCUACCAGGAAUACCUGGGGGCAGUUUCCUGUCAUCACAAGACAGACUUGUGCUCCAGCCAACAUAACCUUUUUGCAAUGUACCCUGCAGACUUGGGAUGCAAAAUAGCAGCUCUGCCGAUUUUUUGUAUAUGGGAGACUUCAAACAACACCUUGUAGCAUGUUACUGCAUAAGCAGGUUUAGGCAUUUAUUUCCCUGUCUCGAUUGUGGAAAAAAGGAACAUUACUAACAUUUUUCAGCAAAAAGAACAGUGCAUUUCAAAGUAUGCUUUAGGUGUGCAUGUCUAUACAUUUAUUCAUGCAUAUACAAAAAUAAUCUGAAAGAGGGAAAGAAAUAUGCAGGAACAUGAAGAAACUGUGUGACAGAAAACAACUGCACAUAUGUCCAAAUAAAGCCUACCUCUUGUGUAAUGCCUCGAUGCUCUUUUGCUUUCCAGGGAAUACAGCAGCACUGUAAGCCAAAAUUUUUGCUCUCUUCUCCACCACCUUUAGAACUGCAGUUUCUGGCUUCUCAGUCAAGCUUGCAUGUAUAUUUGAAAUGAUUAUUCACUGUCAAGCACUGUUACAUAGGCUUUGUAGUACAUAGAAGUUCCUCCAACACAGCUCAGUCACUGCCCCAAUUCCUGGCAAAGAUAAUAGUCAGUUGCAAGGGAUCUACAACAAUUACCUACUCUAAGUGCCUGACCAAUUCAGGGCUGGACAAAAGCUAAAGCAUAUUGGCAAGGGCAUUAUCCAAAUGCCUCUUAAACACUGGCUUGGGGAUCCUGAGAUGGCCCCUCCACCCCCCAGCAUGGCAGGGGCAGAGCCCACCAUGGGCUGUGCCUGCUCCACAAGCAGCUGGAGCAGUGGCUGUCGGUGCCCGGCAGUGCUGAGCAGCUGCACAGAGCACUCCGGGGCUGCAUUCCCAUCCUGCUGCCAUGAGGAGUAUUUCCCAGUGACUGAGAGAGUGGGCAGCCAGCCAUUCCCAUGGCCCUGGCAGGACACUCUUCCUUGUGAUGUAUGAAAGCAACUUGAAGUUCAAGAGCAUGGGGAAUCCACAGUGGCUUCCAGGGAAAAGGAAAUGCCUGAUGCCAUGUGGGGAGUGCCCUUGGCUGCCUUACACACAAGAGAUCCCAUAAACACUGUGGUUUGGGGGUUUUUGGGGGUUGGCAGUUGUCUGAAUUUUUGUAUGUUCAUUUUUACCAAUCACUGACCUUUGCAUUUGUCCUGGAUCUGGCUGGGACAGGGUUAAGUUCUGCAGCAGUGGUGAGCAAUUGGAUGUGAAUUGUACUCUCUGCCAUUCCUUUGCUGUUGUUACUGUUGUUUCAUUGCUGUUUCUAGUAAAUCGUUCUUAUCUCAGCCUGUGAUCUUUAGCUCUGUGUGCCUGUAAAUUAAGUGAUUGAUUUAAGGCAAGGAAAAGGAGGAAAAGCAGCAAGGGACUGCUUAGGAAACACAUUGCACAGGAGUGGCCACCCCUAUCAGGCAGAAGACCCUGACAAACCCUUGCUGUGCCCAACAGUGAAACCUCUAAAGCUCUGAGUGCACCUGAGACAUCUGCCCAGAAAACCCUCCUGAGCUGACUCCCUGCUCAGCCCACCACUGGUUCAAGAGCUCAGCUCUCAAGUGGGAACAUACACAUACUUCCCACCACAACAGUGCAGGACUGCAGGUCCUCAGGGCACCAACUGCAUGACAACUCCAGGCACAAUGUCCUGCACAAAGUGUCUGUUCCUGGAAACAGUGAUUUUGUUCUUUACACACUGAAGCCAGUUGCUUCCAGACAGAAAAAUCCAUCCACCAAGAACAAGACCACCCUAGUAGGAGUGCAUUAGAGUAAGAUGGACAUAGGAGAAUGCCAGCUUAGAAAAGUUUUUGAACAAGAUCCCAAGGUGUGGCAUACAUAGGACACACCACCCUUCUGCUGCUUGCACUGGCAGAAUCACUCACUGCAGCACCAGGAUGCAGUGGGACCCAGGUGUGAAAGAUGGGCAGUGAACAGACUGUGGUGUGAGGAAUGAGGGCAGUGUGUCAGCAGGGUCAUGGGGGAAACCUGGCAGGAACACAGGAGGUGGUAAAACACCAGCAGUAAAACCAGUGACAUCACAGAAAGGCCCAGCAUCACUGACCUUUUCAUGCAGAUCCAUCAAAAUGUGAUUGAACAGUCAGGUUUUCUAUGUAGGCUGCUAGGUGGUUGCAUUUACCAAGAGCAGCAGGAGACAAGGAAAGUCAAUUUCUCCUGAAAGCUUGAGGCCCCUUUUCCAAGCUGGCCUCGCAAUAUUUGCUUCAAACUAUGUAACAACCUCGGUGGAAGACAAUACUCUUUGCCUUGAAAGGGAAGUUAACUUUGAUGGAAAUAGGAUAAAACUCCAAAUUAGGGCAGAUUUACAAGAGCUCAAACUGCAGUUACAACAUUUUCUUCAAGGCAGCUUGUACAUUUCCAAGUCAUGCCUCUGUUACCUGAUAUUUUAUAAUACCAAGUGCAUGUCUGCUGUUCAUUAUAGCUGUAACCCAGUAUUGGUAUUGGCACAGAAGUUAAACUUGAUGACAGCAAUUUUUUAUCAGCUGUAUAAAUACUCUGAAAAAAAGUAAAUCAAGUGUAAAAGAAAGCAAAUGUAAUGUAGUCCUGAAAAGAUCAACUUGAAUUCCAUGUUAAACAUAAUUUUAAUAGCCCCACGUUUAGUCAUUUAACAGUACAAUAAAGGAAUUACCAAACACAAAGUAAAGAGAAAUUUCACUUUAAGUCUGUUUUUAUUGUGAUAACAUUGUUCUGAACACCAAUAAACAUUGCACUGAAGUGUGGGUUGCAGUACCCAAGACAGUCUUAACAAAAACCACGGUAUUGGUGUGAUCACAGAUUUGACAUUUUAAACACACUACCUUAUUAGUGAUUGUGUUGCUUAACAAUAAAAUAUUCCACAUCUUCUAGAUAAAAAUGAAACAAAUGACUGAAGAGAGUUUUCUCACCCUCAAAUUAAACCAGCGUUUUAACUUUCACCUGGAAGUAAUUAACACUGUAAAAAAGUUCCAAACAAUUCCUUUUUAUUUAGAAAAUUUUAACUCUGGAAACUACAAUUUCUUCAGGCAAAAGUGACACUUUAAAGGCAUCUCAAAUUCUCUGUGAUGUUUCAUUAGGAAUUUGCAUUACAGUCAUUUAAACAACUCAUUCAUAUGAAAGCAUUUUCUAGAAGACUUGCAUGAAAUAUUAACAUGAAAUCUCAUCUCUUCUGCAUUUACCAUAAACAGAUUCAGAGUUUGCUUCAGAAGUUCCAUAAUGGAGUUGACACAAGUGUUAAAAUUUUCCAGUUGAAAAGAAAAAAAAAGGGUUUUGGAAGGCGUAUACCGAUGACAAAGUUAAGAAGACAUGAGCCAGGAUUGCACAUGCACUUGUACACUGUUGGGAAUGAAAGCCCAAUCUUCUGAAGUACAAACAUGCUUGGUACAGUAAAUAAAAAAAAUUAAAUCCAGAAAUACACACCCUUUAAACUGCUGAUCUUUAAAUCAUUAUAGAAAUGGGUAAUGUCCAAGUCACUACCAAGUUUUGAAUUGCAAUGCUCCUUAUUUACUCCCAGACAGGUGUCAUUGACUCAGCCUUUGAGGGGUUCCAAUGCUAAGAGGAUCUGCAUCUUCAACAACACAGUCUUAACAGGGGUGUGCGUGUGCCCACAGCCAGGCACACUUAAAGUUCCUCUUUCACAGAAAGAAUGAUGUAGCUUGCACUAAUUUUACAUCAGUACAGCACAACUUGUUCCCAAACAUUAGUUUCAGGCCACUUCUCUCCACUAAGGUAACAAAGGACAGGCUAAUGCAUAAUUCUCAUUUACCCCCCUCCACAUUAAUAUUGCAGCACAAGCCCACAGUUUGAUAGCCACGAGAUGUCUGCUCUAGAGUCAGUAAAGUGCCCAGCAGCCCCAAGAACACAGGUAUGCAACCACAGGCCCCCUAGUCUGUCCCUAAACAGGGUUAACAAACAAUCUGAAAAGCUUCAAAUACAAGCCAGAGUUAGAAAAACCAAACUCCUGCCCCACUCAUAUCAGAAAGGAUCAACAACAUUAACAUUUUAUCAAAAA